CCGCUUGUCAGUGUCAGAUAACUGUCAAGUGUCGAUUGACAUUUUAGAAAUUUCUUCGCGAGCGAUCUCGAAUCGUAUUUUAUAUUUAUAGUUUAUUACAUUUUAUAAAAAUAUCUAUCAUGACUUCCCUGAUUAGAACAAGAAUUGUUUCAUUGCGGGCCCUUGCUAAUAUCAGAAUGUAUUCUGGUGAGCCAGGAUCUGGCGCUGGCAAGGGUGGUGGUGGUGGUGGAGCCAUCCGUGAGGCUGGUGGUGCCUUUGGAAAGAUGGAAGCUGCAAGAGAAGAUGAAUACUUCUACAAGAAGCAAAAGGAACAGCUGGCGAACCUAAAAGGUCACAUAGACAAGGAAAUCGCCUUCCACCAGGAGCAGAUCAAGCGCCACGAAGAUGCUAUCAGACGUCACAAGCAAACCAUGGCUGAAGUGGCCGAUAAGUGAAAUAAAUUUGUAUCUAGUACAUUCAAAGGCCUGUCCACUUUGCGAAACGUUCUUAACAUAUUUAAGAUUUAUGUAAGAUGAUAUUUUGUGUAAGAUGACGAUUUUUCGCUUUUAUUUUGUUUAGUUGAUAGUUGUGAGGAUCAAAUAUAUUGUGUACAGGC